CAGCUCGGCCCGCGGCGGUGGCGGCGGCGGUGGCGGUGAGAGCAGGCUCAGGAUCUCCUGUGGCCUUUGUAGCCUCCCACCCGCUUCCAUAAGGCCUUGACUUUCCAACUUCAGCUACAGUGUUAGCUAAGUUUGGAAAGAAGACAAAAAGAAGACCCCGGUGGCAGCUUUGCUUUUGAUCUUUGCCCUAGUUGUCCUUUGGGGUCUUUUUGCACUAGGCUCUUGUGCUUUUAGCGUUGCGAUCUCCAGUUCCUCGCACUCAGGUGAAGAAGCCCCCCGCGCCCCCGCAAGAGCAGCGGCAGCAGCCGGCAGCAGAACAAGCAGGGGGACAGCGCCCGGUGUCAUGCCCAAGGCAAGAGAGCAGAGCCGCCAGGAAGGAUGCUGUGGAUCCUUAGUGAACUACCUGACCUCUGCAAAAUUCCUUCUUUACCUUGGCCACUCUCUCUCCACAUGGGGAGAUCGAAUGUGGCAUUUUGCAGUGUCUGUGUUUCUGGUGGAACUCUAUGGAAAUAGCCUCCUCUUGACUGCAGUCUACGGGCUGGUGGUGGCUGGCUCUGUCUUGGUCCUGGGAGCCAUCAUUGGUGAUUGGGUGGACAAGAAUGCCAGACUUAAAGUGGCCCAGGCUUCACUGGUGGUGCAGAAUGUCUCAGUCAUCCUCUGUGGAAUCAUCCUGAUGAUGGUUUUCUUACACAAAAACGAGCUUCUGACCAUGUACCAUGGAUGGGUCCUUACUGCCUGCUAUAUCUUGAUCAUCACUAUUGCAAACAUUGCAAAUUUGGCCAGUACUGCUACUGCAAUCACAAUCCAAAGGGACUGGAUUGUUGUUGUGGCAGGAGAAGACAGAAGCAGAUUAGCAGACAUGAAUGCUACUAUUCGAAGGAUUGACCAGUUAACCAACAUCUUGGCUCCCAUGGCUGUUGGCCAGAUUAUGACAUUUGGCUCCCCAGUCAUUGGCUGUGGGUUCAUUUCGGGAUGGAAUUUGGUGUCCAUGUGUGUGGAGUACUUCUUGCUCUGGAAAGUUUACCAGAAAACUCCUGCAUUGGCUGUGAAAGCUGCUCUUAAAGUAGAGGAAGCAGAACUUAAGCAGCUGAAUUUACCUAAAGAUACUGAGCCAAAACCACUAGAGGGAACUCAUCUAAUGGGUGAGAAAGACUCCAACAUCCAUGAGCUUGAACGUGAGCAAGAGCCCACAUGUGCCUCCCAGAUAGCUGAGCCCUUCCGCACCUUCCGAGAUGGAUGGGUCUCCUACUACAACCAGCCUGUGUUUCUAGCUGGGAUGGGCCUUGCUUUCCUCUAUAUGACUGUGCUAGGCUUUGACUGCAUCACCACAGGGUACGCCUACACUCAGGGGCUGAGUGGUUCCAUCCUCAGUAUUUUGAUGGGAGCCUCAGCUAUAACUGGAAUAAUGGGAACCGUGGCUUUUACUUGGCUACGUCGAAAGUGCGGCCUUGUACGGACUGGCCUGUUCUCAGGACUGGCACAGCUUUCCUGUUUGAUCUUGUGUGUGAUCUCUGUGUUCAUGCCUGGAAGCCCUUUGGACCUGUCCGUUUCUCCAUUUGAAGAUACACGUUCUAGGUUUAUGCAGGGAGAGCCAGUGUCCCCAACUACCAAAAUACCUGAAACCAUCUUUACAACCGAGAUGCAUAUGUCAAACGGGUCCAAUACAGUAAAUACUGUUGAAGAAAUGAGCACCAAAUCUGUGCCCAUAAUCUCAGUCAGCCUGCUGUUUGCAGGCGUCAUUGCUGCUAGAAUCGGUCUUUGGUCCUUUGAUUUAACUGUGACACAAUUGCUGCAAGAAAAUGUAAUUGAAUCUGAAAGAGGCAUUAUCAACGGUGUACAGAACUCCAUGAACUAUCUUCUUGAUCUUCUCCACUUCAUCAUGGUUAUCCUGGCCCCGAAUCCUGAAGCUUUUGGUUUGCUUGUAUUGAUUUCAGUCUCCUUUGUGGCAAUGGGCCAUCUUAUGUAUUUCCGAUUUGCCCAGAAAACUCUGGGCAACCAACUCUUUGUUUGUGGUUCUGAUGAAAAAGAAGUUGCAGAUGAAAAUCAGCCAAACACAUCUGUUGUGUAAAAUAGUAUAGCUGCUGCUGCCCUGUUACUAGGUUGUGGAGAGCACGCAUGCUUGUUCUGUACUUAACAAUUCCAGUAGUUGCCUGGGUAUUUCUCUGCUUUUACCACAGCUGUGCCUUGAGGGCUAAGAGCACUAAGUGAACCUAAGUCAGCAAGAAUGGACUGGUUAUUUCCCCUUACUUUUAGACAUGGAAAAAAGAAAAAGGGAAAGAAAAAGUUGUUUUAAGCAUGGAGAGACUAUAAUGGUAAAAUGAAGUUCCCUUAUUCUGAUGAGUAGAUAAAAUUUUACAGAAAAGAGUGGUUAAUCGUGUGAGUUAAGUUAUUCUUUGGCAGAUAUUUAUUAUUUCUUCUACAAUUCAGAUAAAUCAUUUUGCCCUAAAACUGGCCAAUUUCCUUUUUUUUGUAUCAGUGACUUUUUUCUCAGUUACAUUAUAAAAACAAAUAAUUUUUCUCCAUGUAGAAGAUUAUAGUUUGAUAACCAGUAUUAUCCUUAUUGAUCCUAUUGAUCUUAAGGAAUUUGAAGAAGAUGGAGAAUGAAAUAUGUAUGUCUAAUUCUCCAAUAAGGUUCAUGGUUUGACCUUAGGGAGUACUUUUGCAUUUUUGUUAUCAGGGCAAAAUACUAUAUGAAGCAUAUGUAGCUCUUCAUAAAAUGACCAUCAUCAGUAGAAGCAAAGCUGUAGAUUUAUAGUGCAGUGAAUGUCUAAGGACGUUAUAUCAUUAGUUUGAAGCUAAGAGCUACACACAAGGGGGAGGUCCUCAUCUAACUGAAGUUGCUAACACCAUUGAUAGCUACCCUAGUGGAUGGGAGAGAGAUGCCCCUCAGCCUGGCAAGUUACAUGUAGAAAGGAAGCCCACACUUGGAAAGUAUUGGAAAGGUUUUGUAUUGGAAAGGUUUUGUUUUAGAAAUCAUUUGAUUUGCUCAGAUAGAACAUUUGUAUUUUCACUGACUUAGGCCUAGAUGUUAGUUAUCUCUACAUUAUUCUGGAGCAAGAAUAUUCAUAAAAGUUUCCCUUUCAAAUAUCUCAGAAAAGAAUAAAAGAGAAAACAUUUGUAUAUAUUUUUAAAAAAACUGUUUCACAAGUUAUUUUGUAACAUGCCAGUACCAACAUGGUACAUUGCCUUAACUUUUUAUGCACUUUUAUGGAGACUGCAAUACGUUGCUAUGAGCACUUUCUUUAUUCUUGAGUUUUAAUCUUUUUUCUUCAUCUUUCUACAGUAUGACAUGAUUUGCUAUGUUGUAAAAUCUUUGUAAAAUAUUUCUAUAUAAAAUGUUUUAAAAAUCUUAA